AUGGUUAUGAUCAUUCGACCGGCCAGCGACGAAGACCCCGCCCGCAGCCCCAGCGGCGCGGCCACGAGCGGGGGAGAGAACGGCGGGGACGGGCCGGGCCCCGCCUGGAAGCCCCCAGAGGCAGAGCUGAUCGGGCAGCUGGUGGACCGGGUCGAAUUUUACUUUUCGGACGAGAACCUGGAGAAAGACGCCUUCCUGCUGAAGCACAUCCGGAGGAACAAGAGGGGCUUCGUCAGCAUCAAACUCCUCACGUCUUUCAAAAAGGUGAAGCACCUGACCCGGGACUGGCGCGCCACGGCCCACGCCCUGCGGCACUCGGCCGCGCUGGAGCUGGACGCGGACGGGCGCAAGGUCCGUCGCCGGGCGCCGGUGCCCCCUUUCCCCGUGGAGCACCCCCCGGGGAGGCUGCUGCUGGUGCACGAGCUGCACCGACUCCCCGGGCCCGCGGAGGACGGGGCGGGGCGGGAAGGGCUCCCGGCCCGGCUGCUGGGCCUCUUCGGCGCCUUCGGCCCCGUCGCGUCCGUGAGGCUGCUGCGGCCCGGGCGGGAGCCGCCCGCCGACGUGAGGCGCCUCGGCGGCCGCUACGGCCGGGUGGGCCGCACCGAGUGCGCCCUCGUGGAGUUCGAGGAGGAGCACGCGGCCGCACGUGCCCACGAGGCCCUGGGCCCCGGAGGCCCCGGCGAUCCCGGGGUGCGGGUGGUGCUGAUCGGCACGAAGCCCCCCAAGAAGAAGGAGGAGCCCAAGCCCCGGCAGGGGGACCCCGGCCCGGCCGGUCCCUCGCGCCCCAGGUCGCUCAACCGGCGCGUGGGGGCCCUGCAGUCCGGCGGCGACGAGUCCUCGGCCAACGGCUCGUCCGAGCCCGACAGCGACCCCGCCCCGCCCCGGGCGGCUCGUCGCGCCCGCGGACCCCGGCUCGGCCCUGGCGGCCCGCCCCCCAGGUCCCCCCUGGCCGAGGCCGCCGCCGCCGGACGCCUGCGUCCCGAGCCCCCGCCGGGCACCGACGACUCGUCCGACAGCAGCGUCACCCCGUCGGGCAGCCCCUGGGUCCGGCGCCGCGGCCGGGCCCGGGCCGACACGCGGGAGUCGAGCCCCGGAGCCAGUCCCCUGCUCCCGCGCCGCCCGCCGCCCAGCGACGGUUGUCCGGUCGGGGUCCUGCGCCCCCCCCGGGGCCCCGACGGCUCCAAGGGCUUCCGCGGCCGAGGGGAGAGGGACCGGCCCGAGCCGAGGCGGGCCGUGGCCACGCCCGGCUCCGGCCCCGGCUGAGGGGCUUUGGCGGCGGACCCUCUGUGGACCAAGUCGCCCCGGGGGGAGCGUCUCGAAAUGAGAGAAGCGGCGUGGCUUAGCGGA